CUCCCAGCCAGGAUGGGCGCUCUCUGCGGCCUCGCACUUCCUCUUUUCCUCUUCUGCUGGGAGGCUGGGGUCCCCGGGUGCUCUGCAGCGUUCAGCCAGAAGCAUCUGGAGUGCUGGGCUGUGGUGUCUGAGAAGACUGGUGGAGCCCACAUACCCCUAGCAGACGCGAGGACGAGCUCAGAGGAAGCCUUCCGGAGCACAGAUGUCACAGAGCCUUCAGAUCACCGUCCACGGGAAACGCCACCCCCAAGCCCUGGGAUCUCUGCUGGGAUCUUUGCCUCAGCUGCCUCCACUUCUGCAGCAGAGACCAGGGACACCAAGACUACUUCUCCCACCACAGUGACCCUGGCCAAACCCAUACCUUCUGAGUUCAUGGUUGUCACCAGCCCCAUGGAGACGUCAGCCAAAAGUGGCAGCAGCAGCGCAGUCAUGGAAAUGACCGCAGCUGAGGCUGUUAGGCACAGUGGCCACAAAGGAGCCAUCUUCGAUGUCCUUUGUACCGAUGACAGUUCUGAAGAGGUAAACAUGAUCUCCGUGGAUGUCUCGACCUUGGCUGGCGCCUCUGCGGAAGCCGAGGCCCUGACCUUGGAAAGCAGUCCCUCCUCCGAUCUCGCACUUGGAACCAUCACCAUCCCACUAGCCAGGGAACCUGAGAUCACAGCUCCAGCUCAGGCCUGGGUUGCCUACACCAUCGCUGACAUUGAGGUUGCCAACUGCAGCGUUAUAGAAAUAGAGGCAACGGCCAUCAUUUCUGAGCUCUCCCCUACAGAUGGCAGCCCCACAAAAGGAGUAGAAGGCCCGUCGACCCUGGAGAUACCAGCUCUGCCGGACUCCACUGAAGCACAAUCACACGUCGCUGAGACCACAACCUCUGUGAAGACCUUGCCAACAGCUGGCACCACAGAAGCAGGCAUAUCUGGCAGUCCAGUUCCGACCUCACCAACCAAUAGCAGUACAGAAAGAGAAAUGGCAGCCAAAGCCACUUCCUCCCAUGGGACUUUGCUGACAGUGAGCACACACUCCUUGGAAGACACAGCAACUUUCUCUGUUGAGACAACAAGCCACACUGCAGCCUCAGAACCAACGACCGUCUCUGCGGGAGUUGCAUCAGCUAUGGGCAAAGCUACUCCUUCGGCUACAGCCUCAGCUACAGUCCAUAGCCCUGUAGAAGUAGCCACCAUCAAGAACCCAACAGCUCCAGAAACUUUCGGCACAGGGAGCAGAACCCAAAGACCCCUCCCCACCAACAGGGGCCCUCUUCCUUCUUCCCAUCCAUCUUCUGCCAACAGCAGCCGAGGAGCAGACAUAGCUUUAGCUAAGACCUCAACCCGGGCGGAGACCCUGAAGCCAUCCCGGACAACCAGAAGGAAGCCCCCCACUGCCUGGGCAAGGCUGACCACAAAGGCUCCUGCAGGCGGAGACGGGGGCUUCCUCCUCCUGCGGCUGAGUGUGGCCUCCCCAGAAGAUCUCACUGCCCCUAGGGGGCUAGCAAGACUGAUGGAGCAGCUCCGCCGUGAACUGCAGACCCACAUGCUUCCCACUCAAAUCUCCCUGCUGCGUGUCAGGAGGAGCUAAGGAACACCAGCUCCCGGGAAGACUGCUGUCUGAGGCCCGCAGACUGGUCCAUCUCCACUCAACUAAGAUAUACCUAGAGGCUGGCCCAGUAGGACCCUGGCAUACAAAUCUCCCUGUGUGUGUGUAUGUGUGUGUGUGUGUGUGUGGUGUGUGUGUGUAGGGGGGGCUCCCUUGACCACAGAGGUGUCCUUGAACUUGAUUUGGCAAAAGUGUUGUGAUUCAGUAACAAAAGAACCCAAUCCCCCAUCUGUCACCUGUAGUAUGCUUCCAUGCCGCAUUAAAAUGACACUCAAUUUGA